AAGAAAUCUAGUCGAGCUGAUGCCCAGCCGUAAAUCCACAGUAACUCAAACCUCUAUCAAGAACUCGUUUUGCUUUUACUUCCGAGGGUUUGUCUCGCUGCUAUUAAGUCUCCACUUAUUGAUCAUUGUUGUAAACGUCAUCGGCGAAGAUUCAAUAUUCAUAUACUUCCUCAAAAGUCAUGAAUAAAGAUGCAAAACGGAGCGCUGGGCGGUUGAUGCUUCGCCUUACUUUACUCUCUCUGGUCAUCGUAGUUAACUCAUCUCAGCAGUCAACAACCCAAUCAUCAGAGGUCUCUCAAGAAGCCUCGGUUGGGGGCUGGAGGUCUACCUCAGACAACAACGAUGGUACAGAUGAGAUUUCCUCCCGACCAUCACAACCGAUUAAUCCGACAACUGCGAGUGCAUCAAGUUACGAUAGCACUGACUCGUUGCAAACUUUGAUCAUUCAAGAAUUCACUGGCGAGUUUACCACCGAUGACACGACAACUUCCCAACCUGCUACAGACUUGGUCGCCAGUCUGGAUACAACUAUCUGGGUGUGGCAAUUUUCAUGGACAUGGGUAACCAUCCUUCAGUUAAUCAUUUCCUUGAUCGGUAUUUUCGGAAACCUACUGGUUGUCGUUGUAAUGGCAGGUCGAAGAUCCUCAGCUAACUCGACAGACAUUUUCAUCGCAGCACUCGCCAUCUCUGACUUACUGACAUCAAUCUUCAACAUCCCCAUUCCAAGGGCACGGCAGGUACCUGACAGCCUUCCUGGUGUGUUGUAUUGCAGGCUCAUCUUUACUAGUUGCUUGUCAUGGAUCUGUGUUAUAUCCUCGAGCUACAUCUUGGUUGGUGCUUCUUUCGAGCGCCUGACAGCGGUUGCCUACCCUUUGCGCAUCAAGGAAAUCUUCACAAACCGCAGGGUUUGUACUUUCAUCGUAGUAGCGUGGGUGUUCUCGUGUCUUUCGUGCUCCUAUUAUCUCAUUUCCAUGAUCGCGGAAACUGAUCUCCUAUCCCGAAUCUACUGUGUGCCCUCCAAUUCCCAUUCUUCUUUACUACAGUUGUUCAACAUGUUCAAUUUCACCAUCCGAUUGCUCAUUCCCGUUGUUCUGAUGGUGGGUUCCCAGACAGCAAUGGCUAUCCUGCUUCAUCUACGGUCGAGUAAAAUGCAACAUGUCAUAGCUCAUGGUUCCAACCAGUCCUACCAUAUCCUCGCUAGGAAUCGUGUCAUCAAGAUCAUGUUGGUCGUCAUCAUUAUCUACAUCCUUUGCUGGGCUCCAAGCCAGAUUGCAUUUGUAGUCGUAUCUUUUAAAGGAGCAGUUAGGGCCAAAGCCUACGUUGCUGGAACAUUCCGACAGAUUCUCAACCUGUUCGCCUUCAUUAAUUCGUCCAUCAACCCCUUGAUAUACGCAGCCCAAUAUCCCAAGUUUCGUUCUGCCGUGAAGGAUGUGUUUUCAGGUACGGUAAAAAAGAACGCACCGUUGUUCGGCAUCGAAAACUCGUCACGUCCUCAGAAUUUGAAGAUGGAUGUUGACAAGGCUGGUGAAAAGGCUUAGUUUCUUUUAGAUUUACAAUUCCUUUGAUCGAUUUCCGUUUCACAUCUACAUAAUUAUCACAUAACUUGACAAUGUCAAACAUGCAGACAUAAUUGAUUAGAGCUUACAAAAAAAACUUUGGUUUAUUUCAAUACAUUAAAGUAUAGAGGAGAGGCAGUUUCAUGAGGUAAACUGAGAAAUAGUAAUAAGUGAAAUAAUAAUGAAUAAAUAUUUACAAAAUAUGUAUACAAUUAUUAUACUCUACCCCUUUUUUAUUUUCAACAUAACAUUUAUUUUAUACUUUUACAUGUCAUUUUGUUAUGGUCAUUGAUAUUGUAUAUAUUUUGUAUAUUACCUUGUACAGAAUUUCGAAAUUCAGCCUUCGGCUGCGAUGAAGUUUUCUUAAUAAAGCAUUUCAACUGUUAGAAAGUUAAAAAUUAUGAGUGAUAGAAAAUAAUUGAUAACAGAGAGAAGGGAGGGACGGAGACAUCAGGGGUCCGUUGCAGAAAGAGUUGCGUUUAAACGCAAGUCAAAAAAUCAAUCGCAAGUCCCAAAUGCGCGCUGUUGAUUGGUUGAAAAUCAAGUUGCACAUGAUUUUUAGAGUUGCGAUUGAUUGCAACUCUUUCUGCAACGGGCCCCUGAACACUGAUAACCGGAGUGUGAUAUUAGGUUAGGCUUGUAUUGUAGAUAGUUCCAUAAGAAGUUACACCGUUCUUAAUAUUGAUCACUAUUUAGACAGGGUAUUCUGAUACGGAGGGGGGGGGGGCAAGGCGACAUGAAUACUAGAAUACAAUGUCAUUAUAUUAUACAACUGUACACGACACAUGCCCCCCCCCCCCACAUGCCUUCUUUUACAAUUUCAUUUCGUCUCCCUUUCCUUUUCUCCCUCUUCUCUACUUUUCUUUACUGCCUACAAAAUCGUAGAAGACAGGAAUAGAUACCCUAUGUAUACCCCUGUUUUAUGACUAGGACUCUGGACAAUGAUCAUAUAGAACUGUCUGAGUUCCUAUUUUACAUGGAAUCUAGCAUAAUAAGAUUUUUAGUGUAAGGUUAUUUUAUACCUGAAUGUCGAAUGGCCAUGACCACUGCGAAGAUGCCAUCCAAUGAAGCAUUAAAAUGACUUAACAUAUUUUUUAAUAUAAUGAUAAUAAUAAUAUAGGUAUAUUUACCCAGGGAAGACACUUCAGUUCUGAAAACUGUUCUCCCAGCGGGCCCUGAUAAAACAUGGUGAAUGAAAUAAGUUUUUCAGAAAAGACGCGAACGAGUGAAGCAAACGAAAUUGUUGACAUUUUUAUAUACAAAUCUUUUUUUGUGAUAUUAUUUACAUGAUAUUCAGUAAUAUUUCAUAUUGCAGGUUUUCCCUUUCCUUUUCUCCUUUUUCUAGAGGUGAUUUUUUGGGGUGGGUAUGAAUCCAGUUUUGUCUGGAUAUGAUUUAAUUUUGGUGAUCUAUAAUACCUCGAGCUGUCUUUAAAAAAAAAAACGAUUUACAUGUAAACACAUUGGUUACUUUCGAGCUUUAGCAUGCAGUAUAGACACCAUACGUAACCAUAUGCCGUAUGUUUUAUCAUGUUUAUUCACCAUAUAAAAAGGUUUCAUGUCAAGUUGUGAAGUUAAAUGUGUAGUCAUGAUAAGUUUAUUGUUAGAAUUCACCCAUUCCAUGGCAUUUGCUCCGACGAUAAUUAGCCCGCUGUUAAUUCCACACACUAAUGAAAUUACCACCCUCAACCCUAGAUUUAACACUAUACCCUAACCUAAACCUAACUCUAUUAAUAUAAAAUAAAACCCUAUUGCAACCCUAACCCUAUAUCUUAGACUAAAUAAUACACAGAGCAAUGUCGUGUCUCCAACUCACCAAUACAUCGUCUAAUGGGGUGUUGCAAGAAACAAACUUGCGAUCAAUUGCAAGUCAA